UUGAAUGUGAAGGAAGAAAAAAGAAACAUUUCAAGAGAAGAUGAGGAGAGAAAGAUGAUAAAAGGUGCCGUGAAUCCUGAGGCCUUAACAGUAGACCAGACAGUUUGCCCAUUUCUGACUCUAUAGGGCAGCGUCUGAUUGGUUCCCUUGCAGGUGUAACUCCUGAUUGGAUGAGCAGGAAAGGCCAGUAACAUUUUGACACACACACACUCCAUCUUUGACACAUAAAAGUGCCAGUUUUCCCUGUCACAUUUACUGAAGGUGCAUUUACCCAAGGAGUGGCCGGAGCAGCUCACACAGAAACACCGACAUGAGGACACACACGCUUUUAUCUAUAACUGUGCUGGGCCUGCUGCUGUGGACCUCCUUCGUCCAGGCCGACAGCAGCCAAAGGACUGACAAAGAGACAGAGACCCAAGACGAGACGUCAACAGAAGAGACUCCAGAUAGCGGGGAGGAGGAGGAGGAAACCACCGAAGCACCAAAGAAAGAGAAGACAACUGAGAUAGAGGAGGAGAAAGAUGUGAUGGUCCUCCACAUCAACAACUUUGCCAGAGCUCUGGAUGAAAAUCCAUACUUACUGGUCAAAUUCUACGCUCCCUGGUGUGGUCACUGUAAAAAGCUUGAGCCGUUCUAUGCCGAGGCUGCUGCGAAGCUGAAGGAUGAGAACCCCACGCUGCGUUUGGCCAAAGUGGACGCCACAGAGGAGAAGGAGCUGGCUGAGGAGUUUGACGUCAAAGGCUACCCCACUCUGAAACUGUUCAUCAAGGGCGACCGCACAGAGCCCGUUAACUACUCUGGUAAGAGGUCAGUCUUGGGAAUAAUUCAGUGGAUGAAGCGUCGUGCAGGUCCUGUUGCUCAAGUGCUCAACUCCACAGAGUCUGCAGCUCAGUUCAUCGAUGCCCAUAACAUCACUGUUGUUGGAUUCUUUGAUAAUCUGGAAAGUGAAGCGGCUAAGGUGUUCAAGGAAGUCGCCUUGGAAAUGGCUGACAUAGAGUUUGCCAUAACUGCGACUCCUGAGGUUUUCCAGAAGCAUGAAGUCAAAGCCGACUCAGUGGUGCUUUUCAAAAAGUUUGAUGAGGGCAGAGCAGACUUUACAUGGACAGAAGAAGAGGAGCUGGACAAAAUGAGUCUGGGGAGCUUCAUCACAAAGAACAGCCUGAUGCUGAUCAUCCCAUUCAACCAGGAGACUGCAGACACGAUCUUCACCUCUGGCAUCCCCCUGCACACGCUCUUGUUCAUCAACUCCACUGUGGAGAGUCACACAGCCCUGGUGGACGAGUCCAGGCCUGUUGCCAAAGAGUUCAAGGGCAAGAUGCUGUUUAUUGUAAUUGACGUGACGCAAGCCUUGUCUUUUGUGCUGAACUUCUUUGGUGUGUCCGAGGACGAAGCCCCCACCGUACGCAUCACGAACAUGGAGACAGGAAAGAAGUUCAGCAUCGCCACCAAGGAUCUCACAACACAUUCACUGCGACAGCUGUGCCAGGAGGUUGUGGAUGGCACUGCCAAGCCCUACUAUAAGACUGAGGAGAUCCCUGAGGACUGGGACAAAGGUGCAGUUAAAGUCCUGGUGGGGAAGAAUUUUGAGUCUGUUGCUUUGGACCCAACCAAAAACGUCUUUGUGGAGUUUUAUGCUCCAUGGUGUGCACACUGUAAGGAACUAGCUCCCAUCUGGGAAGAGCUGGGUGAGAAGUACGCCGACCAUGAUGACAUCAUCAUAGCCAAAAUAGACGCCACAGCCAACGAGGUGGAGUCUAUUGUGAUUCAGGGAUUUCCCAUGCUCAAAUACUUCCCUGCUGGUGACAAAGAGGUGGUUGACUACACUGCAAAAAGAGAUCUGGACACCUUGUCUAAUUUCCUGGACGGUGGAGGAGUGUUGCCUAAAGAGGAAAGUGAUGAGGAGGAAGAUGCAGAUGAUGAGGAAGAUGAAGAAGAUGAUGGUCCUAAGGAGGGUGCUGAUACUGGUGACGCUGGCGAGGACGCUGAUGAGUCUGCAGAGGCAGCGACCAACAUAACAUCUAAAGAUGAGCUGUGAUGUCACUUUUGUUUCUGGCCAAUCAGGAUCAACAUAGCAUCUUCUAAUUUUUCUUAAUAAAAAUAAUUUGGGUUUAAAGUGUUUUGCUCUCAUGACUAUUUUAAAUGGAGUCCAAAACUUUAAAAUGACUACAUUUUAAAACAAGACCCGUCUAAAAACAAUCACAUUAGAGAAGUUAAAACCGUGCCGAGAGGCGGGGUACACCCUGGGCAGGUCACCUAACUGGCAAAUCGUUUAUGGUCACUUUAAUAUUUUCUA